GAGCGGACGAGGCUAUAUAAAGGGCGGGGAGGGGAAUGUGUGGCGCAGUUGUAGCUGUGUAGGUCGCGGCGGGUGUUGUGCGGUCGGCUGGGCCUGCGAGCUCUGCGAGAAAAAUGCAGAUCUUCGUGAAGACCCUGACAGGGAAGACCAUCACCCUUGAGGUUGAGCCCAGCGACACCAUUGAGAACGUGAAGGCCAAGAUCCAGGACAAGGAAGGCAUUCCCCCUGAUCAGCAGAGGCUGAUCUUUGCUGGCAAGCAGCUGGAAGAUGGUCGCACCCUCUCUGACUACAACAUCCAGAAGGAAUCCACACUGCAUCUGGUGCUGCGUCUGAGAGGUGGCAUGCAGAUCUUUGUGAAGACCCUGACAGGCAAGACCAUCACCCUUGAGGUUGAGCCCAGCGACACCAUUGAGAACGUGAAGGCCAAGAUCCAGGACAAGGAAGGCAUUCCCCCCGAUCAGCAGAGGCUGAUCUUUGCUGGCAAGCAGCUGGAAGAUGGUCGCACCCUCUCUGACUACAACAUCCAGAAGGAAUCCACACUGCAUCUGGUGCUGCGUCUGAGAGGUGGCAUGCAGAUCUUUGUGAAGACCCUGACAGGCAAGACCAUCACCCUUGAGGUUGAGCCCAGCGACACCAUUGAGAACGUGAAGGCCAAGAUCCAGGACAAGGAAGGCAUUCCCCCCGAUCAGCAGAGGCUGAUCUUUGCUGGCAAGCAGCUGGAAGAUGGUCGCACCCUCUCUGACUACAACAUCCAGAAGGAAUCCACACUGCAUCUGGUGCUGCGUCUGAGAGGUGGCAUGCAGAUCUUUGUGAAGACCCUGACAGGCAAGACCAUCACCCUUGAGGUUGAGCCCAGCGACACCAUUGAGAACGUGAAGGCCAAGAUCCAGGACAAAGAAGGCAUUCCCCCCGAUCAGCAGAGGCUGAUCUUUGCUGGCAAGCAGCUGGAAGAUGGUCGCACCCUCUCUGACUACAACAUCCAGAAGGAAUCCACACUGCAUCUGGUGCUGCGUCUGAGAGGUGGCAUGCAGAUCUUCGUGAAGACCCUGACAGGCAAGACCAUCACCCUUGAGGUUGAGCCCAGCGACACCAUUGAGAACGUGAAGGCCAAGAUCCAGGACAAGGAAGGCAUUCCCCCUGAUCAGCAGAGGCUGAUCUUUGCUGGCAAGCAGCUGGAAGAUGGUCGCACCCUCUCCGACUAUAACAUUCAGAAGGAAUCUACCCUGCACCUUGUGCUGCGCCUGAGGGGUGGUAACUGAACUGGCUGGUUGUUUCUUGCCUCCAAUUAAAAGUUUCUCUGCACUUGUUCAUUCCAAUAAAGCUGUUGCAUCCACAAAA